AUGGAGCAAGUUGGAUAUUGGACAUGGGCUGAGGCUGCAUCGAAGCGGAAAAGAGAGCUGAGUUUUCAUGUUCCGGCUCCAGCAACCACCGCUUCAUACGAUCAUUCUCAUGGUCUUGCACCAGCAGCCGGCACUGUGGCUUCAUAUGGAGAUUCUUGGGAAGAACAAGCUUUUGCAGAAGAUGCAUCUGGACCUCUUGGAGGGUGCAUAUGGCCUCCCAGAUCUUAUAAUUGCAGUUUUUGUAGAAGAGAAUUCAGGUCAGCUCAAGCCCUAGGUGGUCACAUGAAUGUCCACAGGAGGGAUAAGGCAAGAUUAAGGCAGUCCUCAGUUCCACAAACUCAUGACUUAGUUCUAAAUCCUUGCAAAUCUUUUGAUUUUCAUGAAUAUCCAUCUCAUUCUGGUCAGAUUUAUACCAUUCUUUACAACUCAGUCAAUUCUGAUUCUGAUCCUGUUAGGGUUUCAGAUCAAAAUCAGAAAGUGAGUUCCAAAAAAAGGGUUUCUUCCCAUGGUUCAUUUUUUCCAAUAAUUCAAGAGCACCACAAGAACAUGGUGUCACUAUCCCCUCCUUCCUCGUCCGGGAAGAAAUCAAAGAUUUCUGAAUCCAAUGAUAAGGUCAAAGAAGAUUAUCAGUCCGUGGAAUUGUCUGAGAGCUUGAAUCCAACUAAAACAAAAGCAUCCAGCGAUGAAGAAGUUGAAAGUUGUAAGAGAAGGAAAAUAGAUGCACAUCCAUUGAUUUUCUUCCACAAACUUAGUCCAGUACUUGAUAGAUGUCAUCCCCAAUCAGAAAUGGAUAAACUGUGUUCGAUCUCGAAGGAGGAAUUGGAUCUGGAGUUACGGCUUGGUGUGAAAUGA